AUCGCCAGGAAGAUUUAGUGCGAGAGUCCCCUGCUCCGUGUUUGAUAUGAGCUCGAGCUGCGAAAGUUACUACAGCAAAGAAAAUGUGCUCGUGGGGGGCUUCACGUGCCCGAAAGCGGACAGUGACAGCACGGCACUUUUCUGCUGCGGUUUCAGUGACUUGAAGUACUGUUGUGAUGACCCCAACAGCUUUUUUCCCUACGAAUAUGGAUACAUGUGGUGGUUAAGUCUUGGAGCUCUUGUGGGUCUCUCUGUAGCAGCUUUGGUUCUUCUGGCCUUCAUCAUCACUCUCUGCGUCCUCUGCUAUCUGUUCAUCACCACUAAACCCAGAGGCCUGGACAACGGGCUGCCGCUCCGAGCACCAGGCUCGACUCUGAGUCCACAUUCACCAGGGCCGAGUCAUAUCAGCGCCCCUGCUGAACCGCAACGUCCCAGGAAACACUUUUUCAGGACAAAGCUGGACUGUGACAACCAGCCCCCGGACCCUGACCGCCUUUUCCAGCGUUGUUUCAUGGCUACUGUGACGUCUAUCAACGUUGAGGGUCCUGCAUAGACCGGUGAAAUACACAUGAGCAGCUAAAUGAACAUUGAUAAAAACCAUUUGGUGACAGCCUCCUUGCUGCUACUGUGCAGUAUUGUUUCUCAAGAUGCACACUUUUGGAAAAGAAUAAGUGAAUUGGGAAUGAAAAUGUGUUCACUGUGUCUUGGUGAAACAGAACAGUAUUCAAGCAGUGUGAAGGACCCCCAGCUUAGAAAAGUGCCACACUUUUUGCGUAUACAAUCACAUAUUAUUAUAGUGGUUAAAAAAAGCAGAAGAAGGUCUUUACAUAAUGAUUUUUUCUAACUGUCAAGUACGGAAUACACAUCAUUUGUUUGUUAGCACAUGGCGCUCAUGCAUGUAAAUGUGUCUUGGCUCUGAAUCAUGAUUACACAUUGACAUCACAGACUUUGAAAUGUCUCUGUCGAACCUGAGAGGCAGCGCUGUGACAAGUCAAUGUCUGGCUGUGGUUAAAUCUCGGGGAGGGCGACGAGUUCACUCACAUGCUGUCUAUUUGAUUCAUUUGUUACUGUUCCUUUUUUCGCCUAGCGCAAACCCCUGAGUCCAAGCUCUGCUUUUUCAGACUGAUGGGGAGCAGUGGUUAAUGACAGAGGUUGGACAAUUGAUAGUUUGUGUUUAGAAUAAAUUAAGAGACGAUAAGUGGGAGUUUGUUCAUGCAUAAAAGAUAAAGAGAGCAACAAAGACUAAUGCAAGGCAAGUUUAUUUACUAAGCACAUUCCAGUAAGGGCUGCAGGGUCGUACAGUGGUUAGCGCUGUUGUCUCAUGGGCGAGGAGGUUCCUGGUUUGAAUCCCCGUCAGACAGGAGCCUCUCUGUGUGGAGUUUGCAUGUUCUCCCUGUGCAUAUGUGGCUUCCUCCAACAGUCCAAAGACAUUCUUUUAAGGCUAAGUGGUGACUCUAAAAUUGCAAAAAUCCGUUAUAUGGUUUGUUCUCUAUUAGUGCCCCAAACUGCUAACUAGUAAAUGUCUGACAUACUAGCAUGCUGACCACAAAAAAUAAUAAAAAAUGUCUUAAUUGUCAACAAGAGCCUGUAGGGGCGCACUCAAACUAGGGCAAAGUUGUCCUGUACCGUAAUUAAGCACAAUUACCUUACCGCCCUUCCAUCUCCUUCUCAUGUCUCGAAAAUUGAGGAAGUAGCAAAUAUUUUAUUUAACAUUUAGGUGUCACAAAAAUGUAUGUGCUUUUUAUAGCUGCUGUCAGUUUGCAAACGGCUUAUUUAUCCAACUUCAUUUCACUCAUCUGACUGUUUUAACAUCCACUAACGACAGUCUCAAUUCGAUCGUGUUUCAGUCAGUACAGUGUGUGUGUGUGUGUGUGGGACUGGGGUUGGUGACUCGCAGUCUCGCAUGUUCACUGAACUGUAGUACUGCAGGAGCCCUGAUUCUCUCUCUCCCGCGGCAUCAGUCAGUCAUUGGCUUAUUAUU